AUGACAGCCACCCGUCUACCCCAUCGCAACCGUACUACUACUGCUACUGCCUCACAGCUAUCUACUGCUGGAAACGCUACAGGCCAGAUGCAACCACUCUUCUAUUCUUUCGCGAUGGACCCAGAAGUCAAAGAAUCAGUCGAGGACACAAGCAAGCCUGAGGACGAAGUUCAUGUGCACAUGCACGUACUGAAAGGCAAAUCUGGCUUGCUCUUGCAGACACUUCUCUCUCAGGCUGGGACCAAACUUGACAUUUUGGCUGGAGGUCUCUUUUUUAAAUUUGAAAAAAUUCCCGAGUCGAAGCAUCUCCUGAAGCAACACCAGAGGUUAAUAAGCCAAAAAAAGGCGCAUGUGACAUUGCAUUUAUCGGUUCCCAUAAAUGCACUUGCAUCCGGCCUUUUGUCCAACCUUUCGCCCGGGAAUGUGCAUUUAUGGGAACCCGUAAAUGCAAUGUCACAUGCGCCUAUAUAUUUUGUAAAGUUAAGAAUACUUCCCAAUUCAUUGGAACCUUAA